UCUCUCAGAGAUACCUGGCAUUGGACCCAAAAUAGCCAGUUCCGAGGAUACCGGCGACAAAGUGAAGGGCGUCUUCAAGGAAUGGGGCUGUAAAUUUAAGAAAACUGCCAGCGAUUUUGGCGACAACGUCAAGGAGAAGACCAAACAGCUGGGCGAAGAUGUGCGAGAUGGUUUCAAAAAACUCACUGAAAAAUCCAAAGAGUUGCACACAAAAUUCGAAAGCAAAUUCCACGAUUUCAAGGAUCAUUUGAGCAAGGACUCGGCCGAAUUGGUCCCGCAUAAGGAUAAGAAAUUCGUUUUGGAAAAUGUCGAAAUGAUAAAUCCCGAAAAAUUGAAAGCCGAUCAAGAAUGUGGUCAUGGUUUUAUAUUGGAUGUGUUGGGCAAUUGCAAACAAGUGAGGAAGUAGAAAAGAGAAAAAACCGAUUCGCUACAACAGACAUGUAAUUAAUAUCAGAAAUUGCGUUGUUUUUUUUUCAAAAAUAAAAGUGAAUAUGUGUGUGUUUUGCUUAUGUUGAAAAUUAGUUGUAUAUUUAAGUUUUUUGUAUUUUAUAAUAAAGUUACGCUGUGAUUUGAAA